CAAUCUACUUUAAAGCGGCAGGGACUGGAAACCCCAGCACCGCGUGGGUGAUUUAACUCUGCUGAGAGAUUUUCCUUUGUGUUUUUAAUGCGAUAGCUACAAUUUAAGCCCCAUGUGAUUGGGUAGCCAGCACGAAGUUGCACAAGAAAGGGAUUAGUCAGAGGUUUAUCAGCAGAGGGAUAUAAGAAAAUGCAGUGGAAGUAGUUGUCCUUUCCUCCCUUCUCCUUCCUGUUGAGUUCCCCCUGGGAGUGCCCAGAGUAAGGGACCCACCUGCCUUUCAGAGACCUCCAAGCAAAGAAGUUUUACAUCACUUUUCAUCAGGCUGAAGCAAACCAGCUCCUCUGUCAUGAUAUACCUAGUCCCACCUAUAGCACACCCCAUCCUUUCUUUGGGUGUGCAGUUUAUUUUCCAGGAAGAGGAGGAUGUGGAAAAGCUGCUGUUUGUUUCUCUGCAUGUUACACCACUGUAGAGAAACAACCUGCAAAAAGAUAGAAGCCCAUUAGGCAGCAAGUUGCACUAUGGGGGUUUUCCCCUUUUAUUUCUCCUCUUACUUUAUGUAGCUGGAACCAGCUUUAGGCAGACUGGAUGUUUUGAAUACCUAGAAAAAUUAUUUUAACAUGUUUGUAAAACAAACUGGCCUGCUGCAGCCCUCACUGCAUUGCUGAAACUGCCUGGAGUCAGACUAGGGCUAAACAGAAAAUGGGCAGGAUGAUGAAGAAAAUGUUGUAGGGCAGAGAUAAGAAGUGGAAAUGGAAAUAUACAGCUUAAGUGUGUGUGGGAAGAAAAGAUUUCCAGCUGUGGUGGUUCUUAGAGGCAGAUGUCUGCUGGGCACGCUGCAGAUCACAUCCACAGACAUUGGUUUCUUGAUAUGAAAAUCAGGGUGCAAGAAUAUUGUGCAACCAGAUCUCAUCCUGAAGUGGAGCUGAGAUAUGGUUGGGAAAGUAGUAAUUAUUUCUAGGUUGUGUAAUAUAGAUGCAGCCAGAGGGGCUGUGCUAGCAAGCCCAUGCUGCGUGAGUUAUCACCAAGUAAUUUCAGGAUUAUGAGCUAUACAGUAAAAGGAACUCAGGCCUCACGAUUCUUUAUAUACUCUGUGAUUACAUUAUUUUUAAAAAAAUGUACGGGGCAUUCUGUAGGCAUUGCAGAGAUCUCGUGCUGCACAGCUAACCAAACAAACGCUACAGCACUGACCUAAUGCACAGACCCUCCGGUGCAUCCUUGCCUUUUACUUUCUCACUAAAGACCUACACCAAGUAACCAGAGGAAGAUGGACAUGGCUUCUUCCAUAAUCAGCUGGUAUUGCUCCCCGAGUUAGCUACUGCUUUUUAUUGGAAAUUGAUACUAGUAUUUAAUUUCUUGGGAAUUAAAACACAUGAGCUCCCGCUGCUGUGGUCUGCUAGGGUGAGCCUACCAGCACAUUCCGAUCUUACUGCAUGGCUUCAUUCCUCUUUCUCCUUUGUGGUGUCCAAGAGGGAGUAUUUUGCCAUGCUUGGGAAGUCCUGCGAAAUACUGCUGGAAAACAUAGUAUAUAAUUAGUAGUAAUAGCAGUCAGAAGACUAGGACACCAACACUCAAUUCAAGGCAAUUCACUGUCUCAAUGGAAAUGGUACCAGCCUGGGCCCCAGCAGUGGGUUUCACACUCCUGCCCCAUGCAGGAGGAUUUUUAGGAAGCAAAAUAACCAAAAAGGAAAUCCCAGUGUGGUAUGAAUCUCUACAGAAGCCAUCCUGGUGUCCACCUAACUGGGUGUUUGCUCCUGUUUGGGGAACUCUCUACACAUCUAUGGGCUAUGGCUGCUACCUGGUGUGGAAGGAAUUGGGUGGCUUCAAUGAAAAGUCAGUAGUUCCUCUGGGUCUGUAUGCAGGGCAGCUGGUAUUAAACUGGGCAUGGACUCCGAUAUUUUUUGGAGCUCACAAAAUGGGAUGGGGGUUGGUGACUCUCCUGCUCACAACUGGUACAGCAACGGCUACAACUGCUUCCUGGUAUAACAUCAACAAAACAGCAGCUUAUUUGAUGGUUCCUUAUUUAGCUUGGCUAACCAUGGCUUCUGCACUCAAUUACCGUAUCUGGAAGGACAAUCGCAACAAGAAGUUAUCUGAAUAAACAGUUUUCAGCCAAAGAAGAUAAAAUAUUUUUUUCACAAGAAUUUCCUAAAUAAAAUUAUGGCCUUAUUUUAUUAUUAGCUGAACUACUUAUACCGUUAGUUUGUUACUUACAAGUCGAUAAAGCAGUACUUGUUUAAAACAAAUAUGCCUUUACUAGGCAAGUCAAAGGAGCGUACGCCUGACUGGGUUUUAUAGCAAACUAAAAGAUGCUCCUAAUUGAAAAGGACUAGUUUUCUAUAUCACAGCAUUAUAUUUUAUGUGACAACAGCAUUUUAACUAUUACCAGAAAUAAGCAUGAACUCCAGCUUCAUAUUAACAGUUUCCAGAAAGGUGUUCCUAACAGCGACAGGCAUUAUCAUGGCCUGAAUCUUUCAUGUUUUCCACUAGACACAGUGCUUUACUGUCGUGAUGUGUCCCACUACAGCUGCCAGGUUUACCUUCUGGUCAUUGUACUCUGGAAGUGUUUUAAGAUGAAUCUUUUUCACUAUUUGUGCCUUCUCACUUUGAAGCAAUGUGCAGUUUAGUGUCAGCUAAACACAUUAAACUAUAUGUAAACUA